UGCAUGGUCCAGACAAAAUGCUUUAAAUAGAACAUUACUUGUUUUCAAUGACCCAAUUGGCAAUGAAUCCUUUGAUGAAGAAAAAAAUAAGUUAUGGAGAGACAAUGAGGAAAGGUUAAAAUGUUGCUUGAAAAAAAACAAGAUGUUAGUAUCAUGUAGGAGGUACAUUCUGAAUGAUGCUAGAGUAAAAGGAAUUUUGAAGGAUACAUCAUGUGCAUGUAUCAUUGAUCUUAGUGAUGACCAACAUAAACUGAAUAAUGAAGAAAAACAAAAAAUUUUUGCGAGAUACUCUUCAAAUAGUGAUAUUUCAAAAGAAAUAAAUGAAAUAAUCAAGACUGAGGAGUAUUUUCCGUUAUUGUGCAAGCUAUAUUUUAGCGAUGAAAAUAAACAAAAGAUUGGACUGCGAUUUUUUAAAGAACCGUUUAACGUAUGCGAGGAACAAAUAAGAAGUUUCAGAAAGGAAUGCAAAGAAAAUUACUGUGCUCUAGUUCUUCUUGUGUUGUGUAAUAAUGAGCUUUGUCUUGAGGAUAUACAAAAAAACGAUCAUCUAAGGGAAAAAUUUGAACUUGCUUUGAAACUCUGUGAAAUGACAAACACAGCACCUCAUACUAUUGGUGACAUUUUGAAGACUCUACAAGGAUGUUUUGUCAAGAAGAUUGACGACACCUAUCAUUUUUAUCACGACUUCGUAAUGGAAGUUACCACCUAUGUGUUUGGAACAGACUAUCCACUACAAACAAUUCAGUAUGCCGACAUUGGUCUCCUUAGACGACGCGUAAACUUAAAAAGCAGUAAUGACAAUAGAAAAGAAAUGAAAUUAGAAAAUGAUGAACAAACAAAUUAUAAAUUUACCAUAUUUUUAAACGAUACAUAUGUUAGCGAUCUAGUGGAUAGACUUUUUAAUGAAAUAUUUGGACAACGUAUGUUAGAUGUUGUUCUCAAUCCAUGUAUGAGGAAUGAGAAGGUGGCUACAUGUUUUAUACAAAAAUUAAAAGAUAGCCCCGAUAAACUGAACGAGCUACUUGCAAAAAAAAACACGCUUUACCAGAAGUUUCAAAAUCAGGAAGAUAAUCAAUCAUUAAAACAAUCAUUUGGUUCCAAACUUGCCUUUCUGUAUCUUGCAGUUAAAGUGCCAAUUCUUAGUGCUAUAAUAGUAUUUUGUCAUACAAAUAUAUCAAAACAUUGUUUAGAAACUCUACAGCGAAUGCGAAAUUCUCUUAAAAAUACUUCUCUUUUUUCUGCGGUAUGUUGCAAUGGUUCAAUGGAUUUGUUCAAUGUAUUUCCAAAAGAACAAAUUAAAUGGUUUUUGGUGGAAAAGUGGGGGGAAUACUAUCCUAUUCACAUUGUUUCCCGGUUUCAUAAUCAUGAAAUAUUGCAGGAGCUGAUUCAGGUGAAGAAUAAUGUGAAUUUGAAAACCAGCUGGUGGGGAUAUACUCCCUUGAUAUUGGCAUUUGUCAAUACGGACACAAGCGAACAAAAAAAUAAGGAAACAAGAAAUCAGCCAAUUGAUAUCACUGUUGAGCUUUUACUGACUCAUGGAGCCAACAUUAAUUUAUGUGAUUCAUGUUUUGUGAGUCCUCUCCAUAUAGCAAGUAGUAAAGGGAACGACCACAUUGUAGAACUUUUACUAAAUAAAGGAGCAGAUUUUAAUUCAUGUAACACAAACAAAGAAACUCCUCUACAUAAAGCCAGUGAAGGAGGACAUAAAAGUACUGUGCAACUUUUGUUAGAUAAAGGAGCAGAUAUUAAUUCCUGUGACACAAACAAAGAAACUCCUCUGCAUAAAGCCAGUGAAUGUGGACAUGAAAACACUGUACAAUUUUUAUUAGAUAAAGGAGCAGAUAUCAAUUCAUGUGAUACAAACAAAGAAACUCCUCUACAUAAAGCCAGUGAAGGAGGACAUAAAAGUACUGUGCAACUUUUGUUAGAUAAAGGAGCAGAUAUUAAUUCCUGUGACACAAACAAAGAAACUCCUCUACAUAAAGCCAGUGAAUGGGGACGUGAAAGCACUGUUCAACUUUUAUUAGAUAAAGGAGCAGAUAUCAAUUCAUGUGACACAAACAAAGAAACUCCUCUGCAUAAAGCCAGUGAAUGGGGACAUGAUAGCACUGUGCAACUUUUAUUAGAGAAAGGAGAAGAUAUUAUUUCAUGUGACACAAACAAGGAAACUCCUCUACACAAAGCAAGUGAAAGAGGACAUGUUAUUAGUGUAGACUUGUUUUUUUGUCUGCAUAAAGCCAGGGGAUGGGAUCAUGAUAUCACUGUACAACUUUUAUUAGAUAAAGGAGCAGAUAUUAAUUCAUGUAACACAAACAAUGAAACCCCUCUACAUAAAGCAACUAAAUGUGGACAUGAAAGCACUGUGCAACUUUUAUUAGAUGAAGGAGCAGCUAUCAAUUCAUGUGACCUAAACAAAGAAACUCCUCUCCAUAAAGUAAGUAUACUGCAAAGUGAAAGCACUGUUCAACUUUUAUUAGAAAAAGGAGCAGAUAUUAAUUUAUGUGAUAUAAACAACGAAACUCCUCUACAUAAAGCCAGUGAAUGGGGACGUGAAAACACGGUACAGCUUUUAUUAGAUAAUGGAGCAAAUAUUAAUUCCUGUGACACGAACAAAGAAACUCCUCUACAUAAAGCCAGUGAAUGGGGACGUGAAAGCACGGUACAGCUUUUAUUAGAUAAUGGAGCAGAUAUUAAUUCAUGUGACACAAACAACGAAACUCCUCUAUAUAAAGCCAGUGAAUGGGGACGCGAAAGCAUUGUACAGCUUUUAUUAGAUAAAGGAGCAGAUAUUAAUUCAUAUGACAACUACAAAGAAACCCCUUUACAAAAAGCCAAAAGAACAGGACAUGAAAGCACUGUACAACUUUUAUUUGAUAAAGGAGCAGAUAUUAAUUCAUGUGACACAAAGUAACUCCUCUACAUAAAGCCAGUGAA